AGUAACUUCAUUUUUUCAUCAUUAAUGUUACUUAUUUCAGUAUAUGUUGACAGCAACUGAUCCAUGUAAUCAACAUGAUUGAUAAGAUAAUUGAGGUUUGGUUAAAUUUUGCAAAGUAUGCACAUAUUUUAGAGUAUAAAAAAACAUUUUUUGGGUAAAUAUUAUACAUAUGAAAUAAUAUUCCCCAUUGGCUGAUAUAGAUGAUUUUGUUUGGUGGUGCCAGGAAGCAAUUAUAUAAGAAGGAAAGGUGCCCUAUAACUAAAUCAAUAUAAUCAUUAGCAGACGAAGUAAAUAUGGAAUAUUACGGGGUUGUGGGUUUGGUACUAGCCGUUUUGGUAUGGAUUUGGUUGGCAAUGGUGAUGAAACAUAUAAGAGUGAAACUUGGUCAUCAGCUUCCACCUGGACCAAGAUGUUGGCCAGUGGUUGGCAACAUUUUCCAGCUAGGUUUGUCACCACCACACGAGUCCUUUACAAUACUGUCUCGUAGACAUGGUCCUAUCAUGACCCUUUGGCUAGGUUCCAUGUGCACCGUAGUUGUCUCUUCCUGUGAAGCAGCCCGUGACAUGUUCAAAAACAACGAUGCGGCUCUUGCAGGAAGGAAGGUUUAUGAGGCCAUGAAAGGGAAUCAUAACCAUGGCAGUGAAGGUUCACUCAUAACUUCUCAAUAUGAUGCGCACUGGCGCAUGCUUAGGCGCUUGAGCACCACUGAGUUCUUUGUGACUAGUCGCUUAGACGCUAUGCAAGGUGUGCGUGCAAAAUGCAUAGACCGCAUGGUUCACUUGAUAGAUGAAGCUGCUGCGGAAUCUAGUAAUUGUGCCGUUGAUGUUGGCAAAUUCUUUUUCUUGAUGGCUUUUAACCUCAUUGGAAACCUUAUUUUUUCAAAGGAUUUGUUAGACCCUGAAAUGGAGAGAGGGGCUAGAUUCUAUUAUCAUGCGAUUAAGGUUAUGAAAUAUGCUGGGAAACCCAACGUUGCGGAUUUCUUCCCCAUAUUGAAGUGGCUUGACCCUCAAGGUAUAAGGAGAAACACACAGUUCCAUGUUGAGAGAGCUUUUGAGAUAGCAGGAUGGUUCAUCAAACAAAGGAUGGAAAAUGAUAUUGUUGGAAAUGGAAACAGUAAAGACUUCUUGGAUGUGCUCUUGCAGUUUCGUGGGGAUGGUGUCAGCGGGCCCUACAGUUUUACUUCAAGAACUAUUAACGUUGUUGUCUUUGAAAUGUUCACUGCAGGGACAGACACGACAACAAGCACACUAGAAUGGGCGAUGGCGGAGCUUCUGCACAACCCAAGAACCCUAUCAAAAGUGCAAAUGGAACUAAGGAGCAAAAUAAGCUCUGAUAGGAAAAUGGAAGAAAAGGACAUAGAGAGUCUUCCAUACCUCAAAGCAGUUAUCAAGGAGACGUUGAGACUUCACCCACCUCUUCCUUUUUUGGUUCCUCACAUGGCCAUGGACUCUUGCAUGAUUGGAGACUACUUCAUUCCAAAAGAGACACAAAUUUUAGUGAAUGUUUGGGCAAUUGGGAGGGAUCCAAAAGUGUGGGAUGCUCCCUUAUUGUUCUGGCCAGAAAGGUUUAUGCAGCCAAACAUGGUAGAUUACAAAGGACACCAUUUUGAGUAUAUACCUUUUGGUUCGGGUCGAAGAAUGUGCCCGGCAUUGCCGCUUGCCUCGCGUGUGCUUCCACUGGCCCUAGGCUCCCUCCUCAACUCCUUUGAUUGGAUUUUGUCUGAUGGUCUUAAGCCAGAGGAAAUGGACAUGACAGAGGGAAUGGGAAUAACUUUGAGAAAAGCCGUUCCUUUGAAAGUCAUACCUGUACCUUACAAAGGAAGUCCCGUUGCUGCUGCUGCUGCUGCUGUUGCAGGGGAAUGAAAUGUUGGCAUAGAACUGUUAGCUACAAGCAAACAAAAAUGUAUGAAUAAUAUAUGUUUCUAUUCGAGACUCUGAUCAUCGUGCACAGGCGAUCCCAAGCUUUCCUAUGUGUAGAUUUGUUACGCUGAAUGUAAAUUAGUGUUGAAUGAUUUAUCAUUUAUGUCUGAUUUAAAUAUUGUUUAUUAAAAAGCAGGGCUUGAUCAAUGUUGUAAUGCCAUUACCAACCGGAACAUAGUGAGUGUAGACUAAAUCCUUUCAUCAGCUGAAGAGGUGAAGAAAUACCAACCAGUAACUACCAACUACAUCCCAUCAUUCACACUAGAUUGGCUCUUUUUACGUUUAACAGCACAGAAGUCUUAACAUACCAAAAAAAAUACAUGUAAUGUAUGGAGUUUAUCAUUUCUGUUGCUGAGUUCUAACCUUCUGUAUCACUUCUUUUUUAUCUUAAUCUCGGUCAACCAGAGUUGGUAAAAUACAUAUAGAAAAUUUACCUAAAGUCCACACAGAUCUAAGGAAUUCAGCUAUAACUAAGAAAAUGUUCAAGGGCAGUUUGCAUCAAGUCAUUCAAUCUUAAGUCAUUUAUUUUAUAAUUUCUUAUUUUUCA